AUGUGUUGGACAGAGGUGACCCACGUGGUGAAGGUGGUCAUUGCGGAUCACCAGAUCUCGGGGAAACGCGGAGGGGAUGCCGGCAGGCUUUUCAUCACUCUUUUCGGCUCUCUUGGCUCUUCUUCCAGAUCGCGGCUCGGGGAUGAAGAGGUGUGGUUCGAGCCAGGCCAAGAAUUAAGUUUUUCGGUCGCAUCCCCUGAGAUUGGGGGAAUCGAGGAGAUACUCGUCCAAUGGGAACACAAAGAAGUGAAGGAUUCCGAGACCGAGCAAUUGCACUCCCAACCGAGGAUAAUCAUCGACCGAGUCGUCGUUCGCACCCUCGAGCACCGCGCCACGGCGAGUUUCUGCGGCCGGGGUCGAGAGUUGGCGUCGGGGGAGAAGGCGUUAAUGAGACGCGAUGACAAUGGAGAAUGCUCGGAGAGAUCCCAACCCAAGGCCAGUCGAUCGCAAUUGAACUCCCUUUUCGACUCUCGACUGGAGAAAAAUGCCUAGGGCUUCUUCAAACCAGUGCCCAAACUCAACGGACCCAAACGUUCCUCACCGAC